CAGCACAUUUCAUCGAUGAGCUCGGGUUUUGAUUGGACCGGGUCGAACUUCCACCCAUGCCCCGGUUCAUCCUUCACAGUUUUCACUUUUCAGGUAAUCGCUCCAUUCCCUCUCUUCACAAAGGACACCACACCCGUGCGCAAACAGAGAGAUGGAGGGAAAGGGAGAACCCGGAGAAGGGACGAUGAAGGAGAAGGUGAUGGAGGGGAUAGCUUCCAUAGCUCUGCUGCCGUGUGGUUCGAUCUCGGGCCAUUUCAUUCAGCUCCCGCACUCCAAAUAGCAUGUGAAAGGGAGUGCAGUAGAGGUGAGGACUAUAGGCUAAUCAAGCUUACAAUAUCAGACUAUGUUACACAAAGGGAGAAGAAUGUCAUCGUGGAGUGCAGGGGACAUGAUGCAGCUCGGUUUUGCAACGUUGAGCAUGCUCAUGGCUGGGAUAAUGAUGUUAUUAGGACAUUAGAAAAGGUGGAAAAGAAGGAUAAAAUUUCGGUUUCUUUUGAAUGUGAGACACUGAAAUCUGAUAAAGCAGCUGAAGAUCACAUCAGACAGUUCAUGCCAAAGUUGGUGGGCCUUGGAGCUGUAGGUUGAGGAUUGUUGGCUUGGACUUUGAAUCAGAGGAUGAUGGUUCAGAAGACUGAUGCUACAAAGCUGUGCUGGUUUGUGAAGAGAGAAAAUAAUCUUGAUGUGAGACGUUUGUGGUCAAGAUUCUCUUUACUUUUUCCAUAACGGCAUUACUACAGAUGCCUUCUAAUGCUCCGUACGUGUUUAAAAAUAAUCAAGCGAUCCUCCAAAAUCAUAUAGCUUUCGUGGGAUGCUUGCUCUCAAGGUUUAAAAGGCUUGAAGUUCUGGGCUAGUUUUGAACUGCUUGAACGGGUUCAGCACAACCACAGCUGGCACUGAAAGCUGAACUUAAAACGCUCCUUCUCCAAGAGGAGAAAAUAAACUUGCGCCACAUGUAGCACUUUUUUGUUGGUUUUUUUUUUUUUUUUAAUGUCAAAACUCAUAUGGAGGCCAUAUUUCUGCUGCAGAAUUAUACGCAAAAUGCGAGAUUGGAAACCAAAUACAGCUUGGAAUAACUGCUUUUACGUUUGCUACAACUAACGACGUAAUGCGCUUGAUCUGCAUGGAACAUCAAUUA